CUUUCGGAACGAUUCGGAGCGAAAGGAAGUGGAACAAACGCGGAACCAUGGCGGCUAUGGUUGCUGUUUGCGGUGGUCUAGGGAGGAAGAAGUUGACACGCCUGGUAACGGCUGCUGUCAGCCUUACACAUCUCGGGACUCAAACGGUGCUUUGGAGAAGAGGUUGUUCACAAUAUAAACAGGUAUCCAGCAACGAGGACCUGCCCAUUACAAUGGAAAAUCCUUAUAAAGAACCUCUUAAGAAAUGUAUCUUGUGUGGAAAGCGUGUAGAUUAUAAGAAUGUACAGCUUUUGUCCCAGUUUGUUUCUCCAUUUACUGGAUGCAUUUAUGGAAGGCACAUUACAGGUCUUUGUGGGAAGAAACAGAAAGAAAUCACAAAAGCAAUUAAGAGAGCUCAAAUACUGGGGUUUAUGCCAGUUACAUACAAGGAUCCUGCAUAUCUCAAGGACCCUAAAGUUUGUAACAUCAGAUAUCGAGAAUAAAUUAUAUCACGUUUCCACCAAUAAA